GGUCUGGAGGGAGCAGGCGCCAGUGGACAGCAGGGGGCGGUGUUCGCCGCCACCACAGAGGAAGACGAGGCCGCCGCGCUAGCUGCUGCAGCAGGCUAAUGUGGCUCGGACAGUUCAGCUGAGAGCACCCGGAGUCACGACAACUCACGCACCCACACGGCUUCUGAGGCGCCGCGGCUUGAGACAACAUGCCUCCGAAGAAAGCCGCCCCGCCUGCGGGGAACAAAAAGACUCAGGAGAAGAAGAAGGAGAAGAUAAUUGAGGACAAGACCUUUGGCCUGAAGAACAAAAAAGGGGCCAAACAGCAGAAGUUCAUCAAGAACGUGACUCAGCAGGUGAAAUAUGGCCAACAGAGUGCCAGGCAGAUGGCUCAGGCUGAGGCCGAGAAGACUGGGAAGAAAGCAGACAAGAAGAAGGAGCUGGAUGAGCUGAACGAGCUCUUCAAGCCUGUCGUGGCUGCUCAGAAAGUCAGCAAAGGUGUCGACCCCAAGUCGGUGCUGUGCGCCUUCUUCAAGCAGGGCCAGUGCACCAAGGGAGACAAGUGCAAGUUCAGCCACGACCUGUCCAUGGAGAGGAAGUGUGAGAAGAGGAGUCUGUACGUGGACGAGCGGGACGAGGAGCUGGAGAAGGACACCAUGGAGAACUGGGACGAGAAGAAGCUGGAGGAGGUGGUCAACAAGAAACAUGGCGAGGCGGAGAAGAAGAAGGCCAAAACACAGAUCGUCUGCAAGUACUUCCUGGAGGCCAUCGAGAACAACAAGUACGGCUGGUUCUGGGUCUGUCCAGCAGGGGGCGACGUCUGCAUGUACCGCCACGCGCUGCCCCCAGGCUUCGUGCUGAAGAAGGACAAGAAGAAGGAGGAGAAGGAGGAGGAGAUCUCGCUGGAGGAGCUGAUCGAGAACGAGCGCUCGGCCCUGGGGGCCAACGUGACCCGCAUCACUCUGGAGACCUUCCUGGCCUGGAAGAAGAGGAAACGGCAGGAGAAGGUGAACAAGGCUCGGGAGGAGCUGGAGAAGAAGAAGGCCGACUUCAAGGCCGGGAAGUCCCUGGUGGUCAGCGGCCGCGAGGUCUUCGAGUUCCGCCCGGAGCUGGUGGACGACGACGACGACGAGGCGGCUGACACGGGCUUCACCACCACCAAUGAGGAGGAGGACGACGACGACGACACGGAGAAGGAGGUGGACACCACGGAGGUGCAGGACAUCGACCUGUCUCGCUUCGUCCCUCAAGAAGUGGACGAGUCGGGGAUCACGGUGGCCGCCACCGACCGCUUCUCCUCCAGGAGCAAGACGGCAGAGCUGGAGCUGCUGAACGGAGCGUGCGGCGGCGCCGAGGCCAACGGCCUGUCGGGAGCGGAGGGCGGCGACGGGGCGGGGCUGGAGGAGCAGGACGUGCCGGUGGACGAGAACCUGUUCACGGGCGAAGACCUGGAGGAGCUGGACGAGGAGCUGAACGACCUGGCGCUGGAGGACUGAGCCACUUGAUUUUAAAUUCCAGAGACUGACCCUUCCGUGACGUCACUUCCUGUCUCUGGUGUCGCCGACUUGAUCAGUGCCACGGCGGAGCGACCCAAUCGUGUCGACAGGAAAUUGUAAAUAAAAUGUUGCUGCUCA